CCUGUCUUCACUCAUGAUUCAGUGUUAUCUUGAGUACAUCAAGCUUGCCACGCACCAGACAUUGGAAACCGCAUCAUCACGAUCCCCGAAGUAGAGUAGAGCCAGAUGAUAACAACGAGAUCGAUACUGUCUGCCAGUAGAAUCACUGCCUUCCUCGCAGCCUCCCAAGGAGAAAUGUACUUCUAUAUAUCCCGAAUCAGAUACAGGAUACUAGGUACGGGUAAGUUCCCCGGCGCAAGGAACCAAGACCGGCUGGGGCUGGCAUUUCAGCAGCGUGCUCAUGCUCGGCUAAAUAUGACGAGCGUGUCUAACAAUCUGCGCGGACAGAGAUCGAGUUGUUGACUGUUGUGCAACAUCAAAAUGUCAAUAUGAGGUAGAGAGAAGGGUUAGACCAAACAUGGAGUGCGGAAGUCGUGAUCACGGUAUCUUGAAGUCUGGACUUCGGAGAUCCUGG